AUGAACGAAUGCAUCCCCGAAGUCGUGAAGGCCAUGCGCGCGGCACAGGAGGAAACGGGCCAGGGCAAGUUGUUCUCCGCCAACAUUACGGCGGAUGACCCGAACGAGAUGAUCGCACGUGCCAAGUACAUCUUGAACCAGAUGGGCCCGAUGGCGGAGAAUUGCGCCUUCUUGGUCGACGGCUACGUGGCUGGCGGCACUGCGGUGACCGUUGCUCGUCGCAACUUCCCGAAGCAAUUCCUGCACUACCACCGCGCCGGCCACGGCGCAGUGACCAGCCCGCAGACGCAGCGCGGGUACACCGCCUUCGUGCACACCAAGUUGUCGCGCGUCAUCGGUGCCAGCGGCAUCCACACGGGCACGAUGAGCUUUGGCAAGAUGGAGGGCGACGCUUCGGACAAGAACAUCGGCUUCAUGCUGCAAGACGACGUCGCCGACGGCCCCUACUACCGCCAGGAGUGGGAGGGCAUGAAGCAGACCACCCCGAUCAUCUCGGGUGGCAUGAACGCCUUGCGGCUGCCUGCGUUCUUCGAGAACCUGGGCCACUCGAACGUUAUCCUGACGGCCGGCGGUGGGGCUUUCGGGCACAAGGACGGGCCGAAGCAGGGCGCGAUCUCGUGCGCCCAGGGCGAGGAGUCGUGGAAGUUGUGGAAGGCAGGCACCUACGGCGACGUGAGCCUGUCGGACGGCGUCGUCGAGUACGCGAAGACGCACGAGGAGCUCAAGGGCGCGUUCUUGACGUUCCAGAAGGAUGCGGACCAGAUCUACCCGGGCUGGAAGGAGAAGCUCGGCUACACGGGCGAGUCCUCCGUCCAGGCGGCCAGCUUCAAUUGGCAGAAGAAGGAUUUGGCCGCGGCGUUCGUUGGCGCCAGCAAGACUCGCAAAGCGAGCUCUGUGACCCGCCGGCCCUGGACCAGUCGAGCCGCUACGCGGACCUCUCGCUGA